CAUUGAAAUGGCUACGAAAAAAGGCAGUACUACUGCCAAGCAAUCCUCUUUAUUUAACUUCGUUAAGAAAAGUAAUAAGGCAUCGUUGAGAACCUCUUCUCCCAGUGAAACCAAUGAUGAAGAGCUAUCGGAGAAGAAAUCAAAAUUUGUAUGGAAAUCAAAGUCUAACAGUUCCAAAACCUGGACGCCACCUUUCAAGGGGUCAAAUGAAAAACCACUUCAAAUUCAAAGGGAUACCCCAAACUAUAAAGAGGGAUCUCCCAGUAUAUUAACACGGCAGACAGUCCCUCCAAACAAAUUGGAUAAUGUAAUACAACUAGAGACACCUAACCAUCAGAGUCAUGACGUAUUUGAUUCCAUGGAUGUGGAUGAACUUAAUGAUUUCCCAUCAGCAUUUGAUAAAACACCCGAGAAAUCAAACAGGUCAAUUAGAAUAAGUGCAACACCAUCUCCAAAAUGUAAAUCAGAGAGUCCUCAGAAGAAAAUUUUAAAAACACCAGACAAGUCUUCCCCAUCCAAGAGCCAUAGAAAUACCUCAGAGACAUCAAAUUCUUUGAAAGACAAUGAUCCAUUAAAGAAUAUUAGAUUGGACAGUAGAAAUAAUUCAGAAUUUCUCUCAAUAUGA